UUUCUUGAUUUCUUCCAGGGCAUUGUUAUAACUCCUUUGCUCCUACUGCUUUUUCUUGGAUCCUCCUCCUCUGUGCCUUUUUCAUCUAUAUUCUCACAGCUGUUCAUGACUGUUGUAGUUCCACUCAUAAUUGGCCAGAUUGUCCGAAGAUACAUCAAGGAAUGGCUUGAGAGAAAGAAACCUCCAUUUGGUGCCAUCAGCAGUUGUGUGCUUUUGAUGAUUAUCUAUACAACGUUCUGUGAUACUUUCUCUAACCCAAAUAUUGAUCUUGAUAAAUUUAGCCUAGUCAUAAUAGUUUUUAUAAUAUUUUCAGUGCAGCUGGGAUUUAUGAUGUUAACUUUCUUCUUUUCUACAAGAAAGAGUUCUGGCUUCACACCAGCAGACACAGUGGCUAUUAUUUUCUGUUCUACACACAAAUCUCUAACCUUGGGUAUACCAAUGCUGAAGAUAGUAUUUGAAGGUUACGAGCAUCUGUCCUUAAUUUCAGUCCCUUUACUUAUUUAUCACCCGGCCCAGAUCCUCCUUGGCAGCAUUUUGGUACCAACAAUAAAAUCUUGGAUGAUUUCUAGACAAAAGGCACUAAAAUUAACAAGGCAGCCCAAAGUACCAGUGAAAGUAUAAUGGAACAGCCCAGUGAAUGUAUAUAUGUCCUAUUUUGUACAUACAUAGAGACAAUUCAGAAGAUGAUCAUAUAUGAAUGUUGCCUCAGCACUUACUUUAUUUUUAUAGAUACAAAUAUAUUUAAAAUACCUACUGAAGUGCCUUAAAAUACUUUUGACAAAAGCAUUGAUUCCAAAAUCAGAUGGCUGGUCAUUAUAAGAGGUUGCACUCAAACUUUGCAUUCAUUCAGUUUAUUUCUCUUCCUGAGUGAAUCAUUCUAGCAGUGAAACUUUAAAGCUUCCAUCAUCACAUCUCAGUGGCACGGGUCAAUCCACCAAGUGUUCCUCUUUGUAAGCUUUAUUGCAAUGAAUGAAGACCAAACUCGACCUGCUUUGCAUCGGUUGUCCUAAUCAUUCAUAAAGUUGUUGUGUGUUUCCCCUGGGUACUUAUCUUAUGGCUCAUUGCAGGAAAUAAUUUCUGAAAAAUUAACUUGAAUUUUUGUGAUUCAGUAACACCCCCACCUAUCAUCCACUCAUGAUUGUGACAUGUCUUUUUCUUCUGAGUUUGUGUACAUUCAGCAUGGGGACAUCCAUUGGAGAGAAACUGAAAAGCAUAAUUUUUUUGUAUUUGUUAACACAGUUCUCUACACAUUGCUUCAAAGUUAAUGUUUUCUCAAGAUAAUUCAGAUCCAUUUUUAUGGUGCUGUGGCAUUGUAUAUCUUAAAUGAACUGUGAGCUUCCUCAAAGACAAGGCUGUGCUUAUAGUAGUAAGGAAACACCAGUGAUUUACAAGCACAGCUGGAAGAAUGUUUUUAUUAUGACUAUAGUUUACUUAAACAGAUCAUCCUUUUCUGUUGUGCAGGACACGCCACCCAAUAGUGACAGAAAAAUACUAAUAUUGCAGUGGUCACUUUAUUGCCACUUACAGGCUUUUCAGUGCUAUAUUGUUCAAUAUCCCAUGAGCAGCACACAAAAACUAAUGAAGUUGGAAAGAAAGAAAGAGAUGCAUGUACCCUCCUCAAGAAAGCAGAAUGGCAUAUAUUCUAUAGAAAUUUAAGCAGCACUGUUAUAGGUCUUUCUAGUUAGCCUGACAAUCAGAAUUUAAGGGUGAUUUUUUAAAUUCUUUACUUUUUAGGAGGGAUGUUCAUUAAUAUUUACAUUUGGAUGGAUAGAAAGGGAAAAUAAAACAAUAUAUAUUUAAUAAUCUAAUCAACAGGGCACCUUCUUAAAGAUAGCAGCCUUCAGACCUCAAAAGUAGAAGCACCAUUAUUUCCACAUCAGUCUGGCAGUCAUGUGAUUCUAUAAAUAAAUUGUGAUGGAAUGAAGAAUUUAUAAUGCUUUCACAGCCCUGUUUCUCUUAAUAUGUACAGGGAAGCUUCCUUAUCCAAGAGCACAUUUCUGCAUUUUCCUCUGCAUAACAUUCUGUGACGGAAAAUACUGAUUCUAAACAUAGUCACUCCUGUGCAUUAUAGUAGAAAAAUAGAAUAGCCUCUUAGGGAUUAGCAUAUAGCUUAUAUGUUAUUCUUAACUGCAGAUUCAAACUGUUGGAAGCAUAUUCCACUACUUCUAUCCCAACAUGUUCGGAUUAACUGUCCUUCCCAAGUAAUUUUAUCUGAUGCCAAGCAGAGAUGUUUUAUGUUAGAAACAAUUUGUAUCAAAUAGCUUGCUCAUGAGUGUCCAGUUGCCCUCUUUUCUGAAAUAAAGCAAUUGUUCCUGAAUGAUAAAGAUGCAUGAAUCAGCAAACUCUAAGCAUCUAUUAACAAUAAUUACAUUUGGUAAAUUUAGCAAGUCAGCACAAAAGAUACUGGUAUCCUCCCCUCAGUCAUUUUUAUGUACAAAUAAAUCAUAAUUCUAUAGUUGUUUUGUCAUAUUGAUGUCUUUAACAACAAUAACCACAAAAUUAGCAAAGCCUGCAGAAAUGCACAGCAAAGCAAUCACAAGCAAGAUUCUCUACUAAGCGGAUCAAGAUGUAAAUCUCACAUUCCUUCCAUUUCCUGUUGGCAGCUCAGUAUAUAAUGAAAAUUAACUUUAAAACUUGAAGAGACAAGAAAGUUAGAAAAAGGACACAUUACCAAUUUUCCUUUUUUUUUUUUUUU